CAAACAGCACAAGAGGAAAAAUCUUUGGAAUACCAAAAUCAAACAGAAGUGGUAUUUGAUGGUUCGUCUUCUUACUCAGAAGAGGAAACUGAUGACUUUCUCGAGGAUGAAGAGAUGUUUUCGACUAUAGAAGAUGACGAGUGCUCUGAUGUCUUCAGAAUUCCAAGGCUUUCUCAAGGCUUACAUGAAGCUAUAACAAAUAUAAGCAAAAUUGAAGACGUUGACAAUGUUAUUGACGGUAUUAUGAAAUCUAUUCAUAUGGAUGGAGCACACGUAGAGGAACUUCACCGUGUUGAUCAGGUCGUACAGUUUGAUAAGGACAAAGGCAUUCUUACAAGUUGUUGCAAUCCUAAUGAGAAAAACCCCUCGACAUCCAGUAUCCAAUCAAGAAAUUCUGCAAAACAGCUGGAAGAGAGGUUAUUAAGAGAAGAGAGAGUUCGAAAGGAAAAACACAAUAUAAUUGAACGUAGAAGAAGAUUCAAUAUUAAUGAUAGAAUAAAGGAACUGGCAUCACUUUUGCCCAAACCAGCACACGGCAUUAUGACAUUGAAUAAAGGAUCGACUCUGAAAGCAUCCGUUGAAUAUAUAAAGAAAAUGAAGGAAGAGAAAGAGAUCCUGGAAGCACAUAACAGAAAUUUGGAAUCUAAAUAUAAGAAUGUGGUAGUGACAUUGUUAACAAGACAAUUAGAAGUCGAAAGGAAACUGAACGAAAUAAAAGUUAAUGGUAUGAAAACAAAAACGAACAUGCUACGAGUGCCAGGUGCUUUUGAAUCCAUGGUAGAAGAAAUGAGAAAAAACAACACUCAAGCUAAAUCAGAUGACCAGCCAUCCGCAGCAAUUCAGAAUUCGAAGCCAAUUAAAUUCAGUAGUUCAGAUGCUUCAUUUACAAUAGACAAAGCCUUAAAUGUAACUGAGGGAGAGGCUUGUUCAUCUACAUCUGGUUUCAAACCUUUGAAUCAAAGACAAAAGAAAAGGUCAGGAGGUCAACCAUAUGUGACCACGGAUAUCCUUGGAACUUUAUUACGAAAGCAAAACGGGGUCAUAAUUUCUUCCGAGAAGUAA